AUGCCCAAGGCGACCGAUAAAAGCCUCGUACCGCCCGAUUCGCCCCUGGACAUUCCAGCUCUGAAAGACGAGCACUUAUGCUUCUCGUAUGAGAUCGCCCGAGGAGAGAUGGGCGUGCUCUCAUUCGAGCCAUACAAAAGCCUGAUCCUGCCGUACUGGGCCUUUCGCACCGUCCCCAUCGCGCAGAAAUCGGCAGAAAUCCUCUGGGAUAUCUUCGAGUCCUAUCUGGAUCGUGGUGAUCUUGUCGGCGCCGAUAUGACACGGAAAUUCAUCCAGAUGGGCAUGACCCGUGCUCGACGGUACGCCAAUCAUAAAGGUGGUCGGAAAUACGACAAGGAUGGCGAGCAGUUGGAGAAAUGGACGGGGCAAGAUGUUGAUGGGAAGAGGAAGGAGAAGGAAGCGGCGAGUGAGAUUUUCAAGGCGUAUUGGCGGCGGUGUAUCGCUUCGGACAAGUAUGGCCAGUUGAAGAAGGAGUGGUCGGAGGCCAAGAAGGAGUAUCUCAAGGCUCAGCAAUGCGAAGAAUUGCUGUGCUACUCGACCUGA